ACGGUUGGGAGUGACGCGUCGGCAGCAGAGCAGGGCAAAUAAUCGAAACUUGUGGUUGGAUCAAACAGAGCAGAGAUGGCAUGGAUGACUGACAUGUUGCUGUCUUCUAGGAUUUUCCAAAAGACGGAGCAAAAUCUUCAUAGAUCUCAUCUCAUCAUCUGACAUCUCUCUCUCUCUCUCUCUCUCUCUCUUCAUCCGGUGAAAAGCUUGAAUUUCAAGCCAGAGAAGAUACUCUGAAUCAGCGAAGCUCACUCCCUUCUGUGGGCAAGCGUUUCAAUGUCAAACUUCUUUGACUGCUUGCUGAGGCUGAUCCUCCACUGUUGAGUGACAAUGACAUCAAUGGCUGCUCAUGACACGGAACGGCCUCUUCUCUCGGGCCCUCUUGAACCCGGCUCUCGGACAAAACAGAAUGGGUCCAACAAGAAACGGAGAUACCGACGUUCCAAGAGCGCCCCACUUGCCGAGGCAGUUCCCUCGGGAGCAGACUUCCCCUGCUCGAGAGUCCAACGAUGGGACACCAUCUUUGGGACCAUCCACCCGAGCUUCAAAACGGUGGCAAUCUACUUAUCCUUGUACCUUGGUAUCGGGACUAUAUCCUUUUACCUUGUAAAGAACCAAAUUGAGGGGCAAAAGACGAAUGGGGUACUUGAUGCGGUGUAUUUUUGUGUCGUGACGAUGACCACUGUUGGGUAUGGAGACCUUGUCCCGGGGACUGUCCUUACGAAGCUUCUUGCUUGUGCCUUUGUCUUCUCCGGGAUGGCCCUCGUGGGCCUGAUCCUGAUCAAAGCAGCGGAUUACUUGGUCGAGAAGCAAGAGAUAUUGCUUGUGAAGGCCAUUCACUUGCAUGAAAAGCUUGGCCCAAGCGAAAUCUUAAAGGACAUCGAGAUCCAUCGAGCCAAAUAUAAGUGCAUCACAAUAAUGUUCCUUUUAGCAGUGCUGAUAGUUUCUGGAACCGUGUUCCUCUAUGUAGUCGAAAAGCGGGACUUCGUCGAUGCAUUUUACUGCGUCUGUUCCACAAUCACGACCCUGGGCUAUGGCGAUCAGAGCUUCUCGACCAUUUCAGGCCGUGUUUUUGCUGUGUUCUGGAUAAUCACGAGCACAAUAUGUUUGGCCCAGUUCUUCUUCUAUGUCGCGGAGCUCAACACUGAGAAUAGGCAACGGGCGCUGACCAAGUGGGUCCUCUGCCGGAGGAUGACAAAUGUUGAUCUGGAGGCAGCCGAUCUUGAUGAAGAUGGUGUUGUUAGCGCUGCAGAGUUUGUCAUAUAUAAGCUCAAGGAGAUGGGGAAGAUCACCCAAGAAGACGUGUCCCUUGUGCUGAAGGAGUUUGACGAUCUUGAUGUGGACCAGUCGGGCACUUUGUCGGUCUCCGACCUAACACUUGCUCAGUCAUCUCCAGAUGAAAACUGACCUCAUCGCGGGUCGGUUGUUCGACUCUCUCUUGCCGAGUUUGGUUGGAUCAAGGGGAUGAUUUCAAUGGAACCGAGAAUUUAUGGCAUUGGUUGUUUAUCAAGUCAUAAUGAACGACCUUGCGAGCUUUUUUCGCGUAAGCAGAAACAAAUCGAGCAAUGAUACUGCUCAAGUUUCAACUGAGUACAAGAAGUAAGGCGAGCCGGAGUUCUACUAGGGGCUCAAGCAUGGCUGAUAUUGAUAAUUGAAGUAGCUGGUCAUCAUUUUCCCCAAGUCUCAAGACUCUCAACUCUGUAUGUGACUUCAUGAAUUAAUCCUUGGUUUGGAUUGGAAGGAAAUGAAGGAAAAGAAAAGGAGAGGAGGAGCUACAUACCGAUGCGACUCUAAAUCAACAGUACAUAGAUACAGCAGAAGACUCGAGAAAUUAGAAUGUUGUGAAGCGACGAAACCGAACAAAGAAAACUUGGGAGGAAGAUGAAACUCAGUCCCGAAUUCUCUCAAGGAACAUGGCUACACGAGCAAAUCAAACAACCUACGAGAGAGAGAGAGAGAACCCGGUACUUCUGCCCAUGAAAUAUCCGAUGUUUGUCUGAAGUUGCCUUUGAAAGUUCUGAU